CUGGAGACAGGUAAGUAGAGGACCCAAGUGCAGACCCCCCGUGAAGCACUAUGGGUUUCCUGGUAAAUCUGUGUGUGCUGCAGCUGCUCCUCCUCUGUAAGGAGAUCAAGGCCCAGAAUGUGACCAACGCAUCUACAACCACUUUUGAGACAACUGUUGAGCCUGAAAUGACCACCACAGCCACAACCACUUUGGAAAGCACUACUGAGCCUGAAACGUCCACAACAUCGACAACCACUUCAGAGACCACAACUGAACCCGAAACGACCACCACACCUACAGACACUUUGGAGAGCACUACUGAGCCAGAAACAACCACGACAUCUAGAACCACUUCGGAGACCACUACUGAGCCCUGGACGACCACCACAUCUACAACCACUGCAAUGACCACUACUGCACUCCGUACAACCACCAGAUCUACAACCACUGCGAGGACCACAACUAAACCCCGCACAACUACCAGAUCUACAACCACUGCGAGGACCACAACUACACCCCGCACGACCACCAGAUCUACAACCACUGCGAGGACCACUACUAUGCCCCGUACGACCACUAGAUCUACAACCACUGCAAGGACCACUACUACACCCCGUACAACCACCAGAUCAACAACCACUGCAAGGACCACUACUACUCCCCGUACAACCACCAGAUCAACAACCACUGCGAGGAGCACUACUAUGUCCCAUAUUACCACCAGAUCUACAACCACCGUUAGGACCAGUACUACGCCUCAAACAACCACAACACCUACAACCACUUCGGAGACCACUACUGAACCCGAAACGACAACCACACCUACAACCACUUCAGAGACCACUACUGAGCCCCCAACGACCACUACAUCCACUUUGGAGACCACUAUUGAGCCCGAAAUGACCACCACACCUACAACCACUUUGGAGACGACUAUUGAGCCCGAAAUGACCACCACACCUACAACCACUUUGGAGACCACUACUGAGCCCGAAACGACCACCACACCUACAACCAUUUCGGAGACCACUACCGAGCCCCCAACCACUACCACACCUACAACCAUUUCAGAGACCACUACCGAGCCCACAACCACCACCACACCUACAACCAUUUCGGAGACCACUGCCGAGCCCACAACAACCACCACACCUACAACCAUUUCAGAGACCACUACCGAGCAGCCAACCACCACCACACCAACCACUUCAGAGACCACUACUGAGAUGCCCACCACCACCACCACACCUUCAACCACAGGGCUGACAGACCCUUGUGAUGAGCUGGAGUGCACAGCUAGUGAGAGGUGUGGAGAGAGGAAUGGUGUCUAUGGCUGCCUCUGCAGUGAGGAACAUGACAACACUAGUGCUGAAUAUUUUGAUUCCAAGGAAAUUUGUAACGGCAGUUCAGCCACCAUUUCCUUGUCUCGCUGUCAGUUGUUUCAAAGUGGCUUCCCAUCCAAUUCAUUACACCUAAAUGACCCAAAUUGCACUGGAACAGUGCGCGAUGGCAGGGUGGAGUUUCACUUUGACAACGAUGAUCAUAUCUGUGGGACAACUCUUACGAGCAAUGGCACUCACUUCAUCUAUCAGAACACCAUCCAUGGAGAGACCUUCCCAGAGGGAGCUAUCAUUGGACGGGAGAGAAUUCUCAGUGUCACUUUCAGCUGUGCAUAUUUACUGUCUCAGUCCCUGUCUAUGUCCACUGGCAUCCGUCCACUGGAGAGCAUUCUGGGGAAGAAUCUACCAGCAGGCAUUAACCACUACCAAAUGAGGAUGAUUCCUUAUCUUGAUGCACAGUUCCAGCAGCCCUUCACAGGUUCUACAAUGGAGGUGCCUAUCAACCAGCAGGUGUAUGUGGCUGUAGAGGUUGAGGGACUGGACGGCAGGCAAAUCGCCACAGUGAUUGACUCCUGCUGGGCCACACCCAUUAAUGACCCUCUAAGCAGUGUACGCUGGGACCUUAUUGUGCAGGAGUGCCCCAAUCCUGCUGACGGGACUGUGGAGAUUCUGCAGAAUGGCGUGUCCACCAGUAGCCGUUUCUCAUUCAAGAUGUUCACAUUCACAUCAAACACCACCACCACCAUUUUCCUGCAUUGCCAGAUUCACUUGUGUGUGCUCAGUGGGAACAACUGCUCUACGUCCUGCUAUCCUGGGAAUCAGCAACGAGUUCAGAGGUCUGUUAAAUUCCAGGACACUUCUUCCAUGUCCAUUGGCCCUUUUGUCUUACAACAGACACAAACAGACACGCAAGUCCUGGAGCGGAUCUCUGUGGCCGGUGCUCCAGCUUCUGUCAGUUCUCUGCUGCCCCUGAUACUCUCAGUUGUGGCUGCAGUUGUACUGCAUUAGAGCAUCUCAGGAGCAACCAUUCCAUCUCACACUCCUUGCGUUGAACGAAAACCUCUGUAGAUCCUUAUGUCACUUCCUUACAGAUAGGUAUUUUCCCCUUGGAUUCUUAACAUACAGAUUUUUGUUAUUCUGCUUUAAUUUUACAGGGAAAUCUAUAAAUGAGUGGUACUUUGGCAGCUGCAAUGUGUGAUAUUCUUUAAAUUCAGAGCUGUCAUUACAGGUAGAACCAGUUUUUGAAUAACUUUUAGUAUUUUGCUCCUCGUACUUUAAAUAGAAUACAUAAGAAGUGGAGUCACAAUCCAGUGAAAACCAUUAAUCAGAAAUAAUUAAUUAUUGUUUAGCCACACAGAGGUGCUAAUGCUGCAUAACUAUAUUGUGAGACAAAU